UCUCGCCCCUCUCAAGUCUCAAGUGCCCGCUGCUGCUGCUGAGCCGCCUCCCUCCUCCUUGCCCGCCUCCACUAGGGCAUAGCCGCACGGCGCCGCCGCCGCCGCCGCUCAGCAUGUCGGAUUCCGACGAGUACGUGGACUUGCCCGUCUCGGACGACGAUGAGGAGGACGAAGAGCUGGAGGAUGCAAUGGAUGAGGAGGAGGAUGAGCAGCACGUGGCAGAGCUCAAGCGGCUGUCGGAAAAGGAUCCUGAGUUCUAUAAAUAUUUAGAAGAGAACGAUAAAGGCUUGUUGGAAUUCGAUGAUAAUGAAAUCAAGGAUGCCCAGGAAGCUGGGAUUUCUGAUAAUGAGGAACCUGUUCCCAAAGAAGAACUGAAGCAAAGUGUGAAACCUAUUACAAUGGAAAUGGUUGAUUCCUGGUGCGCUGGAGUGCAGAAUGAGAAGAUAGGUUCUAUUCGUUCUAUUCUUCAAGCUUUUCGGCGAGCCUGCCAUUAUGGUGAAGAUCAAGGGGACAAUUCAGCUCCAAAAUUCAGUGUCAUGUCUGGUAGUGUACUUGAUAAAGUAAUGCACUUUGUUUUGAAACACAUGGAUAGAGUCCUCCGUCAAUUACUUGGUGCCCCAAGCUUUGGAGGGAAGAAAGAGACAAUCAGUGAACUGAUGCUGAGUAAGCCAUGGAAGAGGCAUGGCAAUCUGAUGAGGAUCUAUCUUGCCAAUGCACUUAAUAUGAUAACAGAGAUGACUGAUGAGCAAAUGAUAGCAUUUACUAUACACCGUGCCAGAGCAUCUGCUGUUUUUCUGGCAGCUUUCCCAUCACUCCUGAGGAAGUAUGUUAAGGCUCUGCUUCAUACCUGGGCUAGAGGACGAGGUGCAAUGCCUCUUGUUUCAUUUAUGUUCCUUCGACACUUGUGCAUUCAAUUAGGUUCAGAUUGCCUUGACACAUGCCUCAAGGGUAUCUACAAGGCUUAUUUGGUAAACUGCAAAUUGUCCAAAUCCAUCAGUGGAUCAAAACUGCAACACAUUCAAUUCCUUGGAAAUUGUGUCAGAGAAUUGUAUAGUCUGGAUCCACAAAAUGCAUAUCAGCAUGCUUUUGUUUUCAUCCGUCAACUGGCGGUUAUCUUAAGAGGAGCUCUUACUGAAAAAGGACCAAAGUCAGCAAAGGACAAAAAGCAGAAAGAAGUUAGCAAAUCAACGAAAAAACAAAUGGAGAAAUCUUACCAAAAGGUUUAUGAUUGGCAAUACAUAUUCUGCCUUGAGCUUUGGACCAGUGUUGUGUGCGGAUGUAGUUCUGAGGAAGAAUUCCGACCUCUUGCUUAUCCAUUGACCCAAAUAAUUCACGGCGUGGCAUGCCUUGUACCUAGUGCACGUUACUUCCCUGUACGCCUUAGGUGUGUAAAGAUGCUUAAUUGCAUUGCUGAAGCGACUGGUACCUUCAUUCCGGUGUCCUCCCUGCUGCUUGAUAUGCUUGAAAUGAAAGAACUCAGAGGACGUCCAGAUGGAGGUGUAGGCAAAGCAGUGAAUAUGUUCAGUGUUAAACAGGUGGACAAGAAAACAGUUAAGACACGUGCCUUUCAGGAAGCCUGCAUUUAUUCUGUGGUUGAUGAACUUGCUAAACAUCUGGCCCAUUGGAGCUACUCCAUCGCUUUCUUUGAGAUGUCCUUCAUUCCACUUGUUCGGCUCCGAAGCUUUUGCAAAACCAUUAAAGCUGACAGAUUUAGGAAGGAAAUGAAGGAUCUUAUCCAUCAGAUAGAGGCCAAUGUUGAGUUCGUUAAGUCAAAACGUGCGGGGAUUGCAUUUUCACCCAAUGAUCCAGCUGUAGAGUCAUUUCUACAGACCGAAAAGGAAGAGCGUUGCAGCCCUCUCUCAAAAUAUGUUGCUACUCUGCACCAGAGAGCACAGGACAGGAUGGAUGCUCUGGAUGAGACUAGUGUUAUUGUGGGGGCGGAGUCGUCAACCUUCUCAAGGAGGUUAACUGAAGCACAGAAGCAACAGGAUGAGCAGGAUGAUGAUGAAGCCACCAUUGCUUUCAGUAAGAACUGGCUGACUGAAGAGAAAAAACCCAAAACCUCAAAGGAGAAGAAAAAGAAGCGACCCCGGGAGCAUGAUGAUGUUGCUACUGAGGAGGAUCGGGUUGAGGAUUUAAUCUUGAGCUCAGAUGAUGAGAAGGAUGGUAACCAGGAAUCGGACGAGGAUGUCUCUGUUCCAGUUGAAGAUGAUAGUGAUGACGACUUCGUAGACCCUGACAGUGAGUAUAAGAAACAAAAGAAGGCGAAACUGAAGAAGAGGAACAAGCGCCAACCCUUGUCGAACAAUGCACCUUCUAAAACGAAAAGGAAGGCGCAUCCCAAGAAGAAGGCCAAACAUUAGUUUUGCUAGAUAGGAUUCAUCAAAUAUGUUGCUGUUGUAAUAUGCUUACACUUGAGAUAAACAUUUUGCAAGUGAAAAAUUUUGUUCUAUUUUCCUAGAUUACUUCAGUUGCUGUGUCUGUCAUUUCGUGAAAAAAAAUACUUGUAGCUAGUGUUUAUGUCCAUCUGUUGGUUCGACAUGGGCGAUAUUGUUUUGGUUUGAUCCA